GCUGAUUCACAGUAUAACUCAAUCCUUUCCUAUAUUAAUGGGGACCAAAUCACGAAACGCAAAGAAGGGCAUGAGCCGAGGAAGAGGUGCUUCAAGAGGUGGCCGUGGCCGUGGAGGCCGUGGAGGAAGUCGAGGUGGCCGCUCCGGUGUUCCAACAUCUUAUGGUUAUGCUACUCAGCAACCUACCUCAUUCAAAUACAUGGAUGAACUGUAUGGCGAUUUCAAAGUAUACGGUCAGUUCGGUAGUGAAUCAGACGACGAUAUUUCAACCGGGAACGCUGGUCGUAGAGGCAAGUCAAAAAAACCAUCCAAAAAAACCACUCCAUCUGCCAGAAAAGCAAAUCCUUCCCAGUUCGCUUACAGCUACAAAUCGGAUGAAGAGGACCGACCUGCCGCAGUUGGUCUUGGAUACACUAGUUUGACUGCGGCAUCGACAUCGAGUGCACCGGCUUCGUUCGGACGUUCAAAAUAUACCAAGAUGAUGGUCUUUCAAAAGUCUACCAUGGUACUCAAUCAUGAAAGUGACAUCAAUUCCGACAAGGCAAUUGAAUCCACAACGUCUGGUAUAUCAUCACCAGGGCUUGGUCAAGAUGGUGCAGAGAAAUCAACCGACAACAAUGCAGACGUAGAAGAUAACAGUUCCAGUGAUGAUGAACUUGAUGAUACAGCUUUAGAAAAUGUAUCCAACGAACAGGACAUAGACGAUCUCUUAGCAAGUCUGACGUUACAGGACCCAGAACUCCAGCGAGUUGUACAAAAGCUGACCAGAAAGGAGCGACGUGAACAACGAUAUCAAGAGCUCAUGGGAAUCAGCAAUAGUGACACCGAAAGUGACGAUGAUUUGGUAUCUCAAGACGUAGAAUACGAGGACGACAUAUUUUUAAGCGGUGAUGAUGAAGUAGAAGACGAAGAUGAAAUUGCUGCCAUGCUCGACUACAUCGAAAACGCCUCUCUCAAUGAUGAUGGCGAAGACGAAUUGCGAGCAUACUAUCAAACCUUGGUUAAAAAACUGUCGUCCAUGGACAAAAAGCUGGAAAAAGAGGAAUCAGUAGAGAAGCGAAAAGGAGAACGAAAUGGCCAAAACAAAGCAGCAACCAAGCUCGAUCACGGGCUCGACGACGGUGAUGUGGAGAAUGUAACCAAAGAGAAACCGUAUGUGCAACCUACGAAAUCGAAUGAUGAUGAUAACCACUUUGGGUCUCCUCCUGUCACAAAGUAUACAGUGACAACCGAGUCUGAAGUUCUUUUGGAGCCAUACAGCGAUGAGGAAGAGCACAUCAUAUCAACAGCCACAUCGGCAGCCAAACGCAAUAUUCUCAACGACAAACACGCUGAUGCUUUAAGCGAAGAAGAAUCCAGCCAAGAGGAAGAAGGAGAUGAUGAUUAUCUUGAUGAAGAGGAAGACGAGAGCGAAGAUGAACUUUAUGAGUUUGACGAUGAUGAAGAGCAACUAGAGGACGACGCCAUCUACCAAGAAUAUGAAGAGAGUGAUCUUGAUGACGUUGAAGAAGAAGACGGCCCUUUGAUCUUCGCGGAUGAUGACGACGACGAGCCUAUCAUUAUAGAGGCAACAGCCGUACCACCGUCACUUCAAAGAGGUUAUAAUGCUUUAUCAAAGUAUAAUGCUCGUGAAGCUCGUCAACGGCGAAUGCUCAAGACGGAGGCUUUUGAAGUAGAGUCAACCUCACACUUAACCGAUAAGCAACGGCGGAAACUCGAGAAGAAGCAGGAACGAGAACGCAAAAAGGAAAAGAACAUGACAACCAAAAAGCAGAAGAAGAUGAUGAAGGAGAUGGAUGAAAAUGUUGAUUUACGCAAAAUUGAUCAAAAACUGCAGCAGUUUAUUCGUGACGACUCCAUCAGUAGUUAUCAAAUGGCACCCAUGGCAAAGUAUACUAGGCGACAAGUGCAUUUGCUUGCUACUGCGUACAACUUAAAGUCCAAGAGUCUUGGAUCAGGCAAUUCACGAUACCCUGUUUUAUCCAAAACAGAGAGAACAUUCAUUCCAAAUGAUAGAAAAUAUAUUGAAAGGUUCAUUGCUGAAGCCCAAUCCACUUUGGAUAUUACGAGUAGUAUACUUCGUAAACAUCGUAUGCCCUACAUUGAGAACUCUAUUCCCUCCAAAUCCAAGCGAAAAGCAGGAAAGAAGGAGGCUGGCCGAAAUGGAUCCUCACCUAGUGACUUGCCAGGGCCCUCUCAUGGUCAUAUCGUAGCAGGCAAUGCAGCACCAAUAAAUGAUCAAAACAUUGGUCAUCAAAUGCUUGCUGCAAUGGGAUGGAAGCAAGGUGACAGUCUUGGCACCGAAGGCACGGGUAUCACAGUACCUAUCGAGGCUAUAGUUCGAAAGAAACGAAUUGGACUUGGCAUGUAAUUUGAAUGACUUUAUCGAAGCGCCGCAGCAGCUGCAAUUCCAGUAGGAAGGAAGAAGAUAGCUUCCGUUCCUUUUUUUUUUUUUUUCGUUUUGCACCUAUAACUGAACUGUCACGAUUUCUGUAUUCACACGUAACAUAAGCGCGAACUGGUAUAAUACAUCAUUUGAUUUACAAUGUUCUUUUCUAUCAUGCCAUCUCUAUGUAACCAAUCUGUUUGAAACGUUGUCACAAUUGCCAAGGCACUACCUUCAGCUUGGCGACUGCUUCCGUAGAUCGGGGGUAAGUCAGUGUCUCUCCC